AUGAAAAAGAAUAAAAAUAACCAAGAAAUAGAACAUCUUCGAGAGGAAAAUUCGAGACUUUCAGAGCAGUUAAACCAGCUCAAAUCAAAUUCACCAGAAACUUUUCAAAAUUCAAAUUCAAUAGACAAUUUAAUAAACGAAACGGAUUCGGUAUCCUCAGAAAAUUCAUAUCUUAAAUCAAAGAUCAACGACUAUACCGCUCAAAUUGCUGAUUUGAAAGCCCAUCUUGGAGAAAUUCUUCAAGAAAACAAAUCUCUCAAGAAUCGUCUUUCCAAAUGCGAGAAUUCCAAUACAGAAUCGUGUCAAUCCCAACUUUUUGUUGCUCAAACAGAUUUAGAGACACUUAACGAAAAAUUUUCUGAAUUACAAAACUCUUCGAAAAGGACUAAAAUCAAAUGUAAAGAAUAUCAAAAACAAAUUGCAGAUCUAACUGAUGCUAUCAAAUCCAAAGAUAAAGCAGCAGAAACUUUACAAAUGAAAUUAGAGAAACUCCAAAUCGAACUUGAUGAUCUUCGUAACAAAAAUCCAUCAUCUACUGAUGAAUCCAUGAAAGUCCAACUCGCUUUCAAGGAUCAACAAAUCAAAAAUUUAAAUGAGGCUUUAAUAGACUUAACAACACAGUUUGACGAGGUUAAUAAAGACCUUUCUAAUGAAAGUCAGAUCAAAAAUAAGAUGGUUGUUCUUGUUUCGCAGCAAUCCUCUGCUUUGGCUUCAUAUGGAGAACAAAUUAACAGAUACAUCAAAGAAAACAACAGUUUGAAAUCGAAACUGGAGUCUCUACAAGCCAAAAUUAAUGAAGUUCCAUCUCAAACUCAACCAAAACAAUGCAAUCAUUCUGAAAUUCCUGAAACCAUCAGAGAAUUUAUUAAAGAAAACUUUGACGAGACACAAAUAACCGAAAAAGUCAAAGAAAUACUAAUUUCUAAUGAUUUACCCGUUCAACGUAUUAAAAACGUAAUUAUUUAUUUAUUAGGAAACCAAAACGUCAAAACAGAGCCCGAAACAAUUAACCAAAAUGAUUUAGUUCAACAGAAUAAGAGAUUGACCUCAUAUCUUAUAAGUUUGACAAGAUUUGUUGAUCAAAUUUCAAAUAGUGCUGAAAUCCAAGAUUGGCUGAUUUCCACUGACAAACCAAAGAACUUCUCUAAUGAUUUGAAGCGUCAAAUGGCUAAAAUACAGUCAUUUAUUGAAGAAAACAAGAUAGAAACAGAAAAUUUACCUUUGGCCGAGUCAUUUGCAAGCUUUCCUACGUUUGUUGAUAAAGUUCUAUCAUUAGAUUCAUUUGCUGAUCACGCCAACAACUCAGAACUUGUUAGUUUGCUUCAUUCUUUCGUUCUUUCCAAUUCUGUUUUGUGUAAAUACAGUAAUGAAUUGCAGCAAAGAGGAAGAAUUGUUGUUAAUGAACUGAAACAGCUUAAGGAAGAACUUUCGAGGUCUAAUUCCGAUAAACAAGAGGAAAUUGAACAAAUCAAAUCGGAAUUACUUUUGAAAAUCGAUCAAGAAAAAUUACAAAAAGAAAAUUUGGAAGAAAAAAUACAAAACAUCCAAAAAUUGUUGAGAAAUAAUGAUGAAACAGAUUUAGCUGAGAAAUGUCUUGCGUUGAUAGCCAGUUCACAGGAAUUUAAUGAAGAAGAACAAGAGAAUUACACAGAAAAUCUUGAGAUUAAAAUUGCAAAAUUAAAUGAAAAAAGAAAAGAAGAAAAUGAAGAAAAAGAAAACAAGAUAAAUGAAUUGGAAUUAACGAUUCAUGAUCAAAAUGAAACAAUAGAAACAAUGAAAAUCGACUAUGAAAAUGAAAAGACAGAAUUAGUUGGAGAAUUGGAGACUUUGAAGAUCGAAAUCGAAGAAAUCAAAAAUGAUUUGGAAAAUAAAGAAAAAUUAAUUGAAAAAAUUCAAAAAGAAAACGAAGAAUUGAAUAAAAUCACGGAAAUGCAGAAAGAACAUAUCACAAACAUAGAUCAGAUCAAAGACAAUGAAAUAAAUACACAAAUGAAUGCAUUUAUUGAUUCUAAAAUGAAAGAAAUUCAAAAUCUUUCUCAACAAAAUGAAGAUUUGAAUUUACAAUUACAAAAAAGUGACAGUAAUCAUCGUCUUAUUCUAAAAGACUUGAAGAAAGCAUUUAAAGAAGAAGUAAACAAACUGCGCGCAGAGGUUGAUAUACAAACAACUCGCGCAAAUGAGUUGAGAUCUCAUUACGAUGGUUUGUUGACUGAUUUGAGAUCAAAACUUAAUAAUUCAAGAAUUUCUGAGACACAAAUGAGAGAAAAAUAUGAAAAGAUGACUGCAGAAGUUACUGAUUUAAAGUCAAGACUUUCCUCUUUAUCCGUUGAACAGAAGAUGAUGCAAAUUAAAAAGCAAAACUCUGAUGAAAAACUAAAAAGAGAAAAAGCUUUGAUGGAAUCGAAAUCUCAAAUGGAAAUGAUGUCUUUGGAAUCCAGUUACAUUACAAAACUCAAUGAAGCAAAAGCAGAAUGCAAAGAAGAAAUGGAUAAGUUUAUUAUUGAGUUGAUUCAUUUGUUUAGUGAAUAUAAAGUUUUAGGAAGUGAAGAUGAAAUUUCUCAAGAAAAAGCAAUUGAUUUCAUGAUGUCAAUUAAAGAUAUCAUUAAAUCAAAAGAUAGUAAUAUUAAGGACUUGUCAGAAAAGGCUUUCGUUUUCGAGAAAAUGAAGAAAUUGCUCGGAAUGGAUUCUUCUUUUUCAAAUGAAAAUGUUUUUGACAAAAUUUCAAAAAUUGUCAAAGAAAAAGAAGAAAUCGAGCAAUCAAAGACAGAAAUCAUCAAGAACAAAGAAGAAUCAAAAGAUCUACUCAAGAAAUGUCAGCUCAAAUAUGAGAACGCUGAGAAUUUGAACAAAUGGGAAGAAUGGGCAAAAAGAAUUCAUGUUUUGAUUUCUGAUAACUUUUCAGUUGUCAAAAAUUCAAAUGAAUUAAGAAGCUGCCUUGAAGACGCGAUUCUCUCUUCUAUUGGACAUAGGCAAACAUUUAGAAAGCUGCAGAUAUUAAGAAUAGAAAAGGAUUUGUAUAAAUCUGGUUUGUUAAGAGCAGGAAUUCCUUCGAAGAAGGAGAAACAAACUAAUUUGUUAACUUUAGUUGCUGUUUUUUCAUCGAUACAAAGACUACAAAAGAUUUCAGGCCAUCUUGUUCUUUCUAAUUUCUCUCCUUCUAAGAUUUCUUCGCCAGAUUCAAAGAAAUCACCAAAAGAAGGUCAAAGGAGUCCAACUGCUAAGAAAUCAUGGCCAUUAUUUCAAUAA